AUGGAAUAAGAUAGUAUCACCAUUCUUUCGCAAUCCAAGGAAAGAAGGAUUAAAGUUAUUUUGAUUGGAGAUCAGAGUGUGGGUAAAAGUAAGCUCCUCGAGUAACUGCUAAAUGUAGAAUCCAAAGUCAAUGACAAGGAAAUCUAAACUGUCGAUUUUUUCAUCUCUCGUGUUAUUCUACCUGAUAAUUCAGAACAGAAAAUAUUUAUAUGGGUUACCACAGGGGAAAUCAAAAAUAUAAAUCUCAUUAGAGCCUUUUUAAUAAAGAGUCACAUCUAUGUUAUUGCAUUUUCCCUCAACAAUCCAGUAUCCUUUGAGAAUGCAGUAAACACUUGGUUCGCUCAGUGUUAUAAAAAUGCCAGGGAAACAAAUAACUAUUAUUAUUUUAUUGGCACAAUGAGUGAUAAAGAGCAUCUCUGCGGAUCUUAUUAGGAUAUUAUCUAGAUAAUUGCAGACAAGUGCUAAGAACUCAAAAUAGAGAAAAAUUCAUAGUAAGUGCCAUUUCCUACAGAUAAGGCAUACAUAAGAUAGUCAGCAAAAUGGAAUGACGACAAUAUAAUUGAAUUUGCAAAAAAUAAAUUGCCGAACAAUGUAUUCUACUCAGAAACUUCAGCUGUUAUCAAAACAGGCAUUGAGAGAAGUUCAAGCAUAUUCAUUAGAUUAUUGUAAGCAGCAGUGAAGUAGGAAUUUGCAAAAGAUGGUAUCGAACCCAUUAUUGCACCUUCAAGAACAGCUUCAAGGUUUUCUAUGGCAUAAAUGUAAGUGCCAAUACCUGUAGUUGUACCGACAUCAUCUGCAAGACAAUCAACUCAGACAGGCAGUUUGUAAGUUAGUAUGGCAAAAGAUCCUGUUCCAUUUUUACCUUUUGAAUAAAAAGAAUCGAAAUCAUGUUCGAUGGCUGAAAUUAAAAAGGAAUAAAAUCUAUGUUGUAUGAUUUAAUGA